AUGAAGCUUUUUGUUUGCAUCCUUGCGACCGUAGCCGUCGCAUACGCCGGCAAUAGAGGCGGCGGUGGCGGUGGUGGCUAUUUGCCAGGUGGUGGUGGUGGUGGCGGCGGCGGCGGCUUCGGUGGUGGUGGCAUUGGCGCAGGACUCACCUCGCAUGUCUCGCAGUCGCAUGGAAACACCAAAGUGCACAUUGGCGGCCAAGGCGGUCGUGGUGGUGGUGGUGGUGGAGGUGGCUAUGGGGGAGGUGGCUUUGGAGGAGGAGGAUAUGGAGGAGGAGCAACCUCACAUGUGUCGCGCAGCUCUGGUGGUUCCAGUGGCUGGCAAAAGGGCGGCGGCGGCGGCGGUGGCUGGCAAGGAGCUGGUGGUGCUGGCGGCGGCGGCGGUGGCUGGAAAGGAGCUGGUGGUGCUGGCGGCGGCGGCGGUGGUUGGAAAGGAGCUGGCGGCGGUGCCAAUGCCUGGGGCCCACCAGCUGAAUAUGAUUACACUGUAAACCACGGUUCCAGCGGCGGCGGUGGUGGCUGGAACGGUGGUGGUGCUGGCGGUCGUGGUGGUGGCGGUGCCGGAGGAUGGUGGAACGAUUAG